AUAUUCUGCAGGGGUUAGCCACAGAAGUAGCACUAAUUGAUUUAAACGAGGAAGCUGUUGAUGCUGAAGUGAGAGACUUACAAGCUGUUGCGGAGUAUUACCCAAAAUGUCAAAUUUACGGUGGUGCCAGGAUCAUCCCACACAUCGUUGAAAGCAGCCCAGAGAGUCUAAUCAUGGUGGUGUCGGAACCAGGCAAGUUUUGUUAA